AUGGGUGUCAUACUUCUAAACUGCCUCACCCUGGGGAUGUACCAGCCUUGUAAUGAUGUCAUCUGCGAUACUACUCGCUGCAAGAUCCUCGCCAUCUUCGACCACUUCAUCUUUGCUUUCUUUGCCAUUGAGAUGAUCAUCAAAUUAAUCGCGAUGGGUGUUGUUGGAAAAGACACUUACCUCGCAGAGACAUGGAAUCGUCUUGAUAUGUUUAUUGUGAUAGCUGGCGUCGCUGAGUAUGUUACAAACAACUCUGUUGAAUAUGCAGUUGAUGCUGAAAAUCUUAGUUUAUCAGCCAUAAGGACUAUACGAGUGUUGAGACCUCUUAGAGCAAUUAAUAGAAUACCUAGUAUGAGAAUCCUGGUGAUGUUACUGUUGGAUACGCUCCCUAUGUUAGGCAAUGUCCUUCUCUUAUGUUUCUUUGUGUUCUUCAUCUUUGGCAUCGUUGGUGUACAAUUGUGGGCUGGCCUACUACGCAACAGAUGUUUCCUGGAUCUAGAUCCUAACAUAUCCCAUGUAGGAGUGAAAUUAAAAGAAAUCUAUGUGCCACCAAAACCGGACAAUUAUGACUAUAUAUGCAGUGAUGACGCAGAUGGUGGCAUGAUGAAGUGUGCAAAUCUAAAACCUUUUGAGUACAAUGAGACCAAAUGUAAUGGCACGGCCAUACCGUUUAGCAAUAACACCCCUACCACUGAGAGUUGUGUAAAUUGGAAUCAGUAUUAUACAAAGUGCAAGCCAGGACAUAAGAACCCAUUCCAGGGUGCAAUCUCAUUUGACAAUAUUGGGCUAGCCUGGGUAGCCAUCUUUCAGGUGAUCAGCUUAGCUGGUUGGGUAAAUAUUAUGUACUACGUCCAAGACACCCAUUCAUUUUGGGAUUGGAUCUACUUCGUAGCACUGAUUGUGAUUGGAUCAUUCUUUAUGAUCAACCUGUGCCUGGUUGUCAUAGCAACACAAUUCUCAGAGACAAAGCGUCGUGAAACUGAGCGAAUGGCUCAAGAACGACGACGUUAUCAAUCUACGAGCACAUUGGCCAGUAAUUCUGAGCCUGGAGGCUGCUACAAAGAGAUAUUAAAAUAUAUUGCUCACUUAUUUCGUAAAGCUCGAAAAAAGAUAGAAAAAAAAAUAAAACAGUUACAAGGCAGACGGCAGCGUAAAGUAACGCCGGAACAAGCAAUAUCACUACGCCGUAAACGGAGUAAAAAGGAUCAUGGUAUGCCGCGGACUGUACAUUUACAUCAUCAUCACCAUCAUCAUCACCACCAUUAUCACAUAAGUAAUGCUGAAUCGAGCCCCCGUGCCCCUAGAGCCAGCCCAGAGGUCUCUGACAUUGACCCCCUGUCCUCCCCUAGGCGCCCUAAUCAUCUGGGGCUACCUGAGGGUAAGGCUAAUCCAUCCCCAGAUGCGAUACCCACCAUAUUAUACACUGCCUCGGAUAACACCCUUAACCCGGAUAAUAUAAACGUUGACCCAAAAUUAAAAUCACCCAAUCAUGUAGUGACUACAGUGUCAAUCAGUCGAACUUCUAGUUUUAAUAACGGCAAUGGGAAAAAAUCCCCAAUUCCACCUGAGGUUAUUGCUGCCCGUAAUGCUGCCCUAGUGGCAAGUAAGACAAUGGUGCCUGAAUAUGAUGUCAACAAAUUACACCCCCCUAUAGACACAGGAGGUGUUAUUACUGAACACCUUUAUAUGGAUAUUUUAGGUGGUGGCGGGAUUGGUACAGAGUGCCGGGUCCCCACACCCUCGCUCGCGUGCACUACUGCAGACUAUGACUCCCACCACAGCCAUUGCUCACACUCAGAAUAUGAUUGGUCAGAUUCAGACGAUGAUGUCGUCAAGUGGAAAUCAGAAGAGGUUGAGAUUCCAAAACGUCCCCCUGGGUGCUGGAGUAUAUUUCAAGACAAAAUCAAAAUUUGUGUCGAUCACAGAUUUUUCCAACGUGGUAUCCUGAUAGCCAUUUUGAUCAACACCCUUAGCAUGGGAAUAGAGUACCACAAUCAGCCUGAGACCCUGACCAAGGUCCUUGAGUACAGUAACUACUUCUUCAGUGGUCUUUUCUGCUUGGAGAUGUUGAUGAAGCUGGUUGCUGAGGGUCUCUUUGGCUAUGUCAGCAAUGGAUUCAAUCUGUUUGAUGCAAUUAUUGUAAUACUCAGCAUUGUGGAGCUGGUCCAGGGAGGAGGCGGCCUAUCUGUAUUAAGAACAUUCCGAUUGUUAAGAAUCCUGAAACUUGUCCGUUUCAUGCCAGCGUUACGAUACCAGUUACUGGUGAUGUUACGUACUAUGGACAAUGUUGCAACGUUCUUUGCUCUAUUGGUGCUCUUUAUGUUCAUAUUCAGUGUCCUUGGCAUGAAUAUUUUCGGUGGAAAGUUUUGCUCCACUCCUGAUGGUGCUAGUUGCAAAUGUAUGGGCAACCUGGACAGCUUUAAUGAAACUAUGCCGUGUACCUGUUUCCGUAGUAACUUUGAUACCCUCACAAGAUCUUUCUUAACAGUCUUCCAGAUUUUGACUCAAGAAGAUUGGAACGAAGUGCUGUAUAAUGGAAUGGCGAAAACAUCUGCUUGGGCUGCCCUCUAUUUUAUUGCACUCAUGACAUUCGGCAAUUACGUUCUCUUCAACUUAUUAGUGGCUAUCUUGGUCGAGGGAUUUUCUGGAAAUGAGGAUAAGUCUCAGAAAGACAAUGAUGAGAGUGUUGACUGUAGUAGCACAGAUGAGAAUGAGAAUAGACUAGAAGAGGAAAAUAAAUCAAUUCCGGGGGAGUACAUUGAGAAAAAUAACCAAGAUAAAGAACGUAGGAUGCUGGCCCUCCCUCAAUCUGUAGCAGUGACUGACGAGUGUAACCUCCCGCAAUCUCAGGGACCCCUUAAUCCCCCAAUUAUCACCCACACAGCAGCCACACCUGCAGCCACACCCCAGGGCAGUCCCAACGAGACCCUAAACUACAAACAGGACAAUAAUAAUCGACUGGUGGUGAACAAACCCUUUAAUGCUAGCUCAAUGUCUUUAGACUCUAUAGACAAAUCAUCAUCUACAAUGAGUAUAAGGAGUACUCCAAAAUUGCAUCGUCGUGGCAGUGGUAAAUCUAGCCGUGGCAGUUUGCGUGGCAGCUUCAAGUUUAAGAACAACAAAGUCCGAGACGGUGAUAAGGAGAGUUUGGUUAGUGAACCUGAUGCACUCAAUGAUGUUGACCCAGAUGAAGAUGGUCAAAGAUCCAACAAUUCACAUCAUAAUAACACAAAUGGUGGUCCUGCUAAUAUUCCCAUAGGCAAUGGAAACACCAAUGGUACACCACAGAAUAACAACUACAGCCGAUGCGUCACAUACUAUUUCAGUGACUGUAAUGGUCAUGCCCAGUUAAACAACCAACGUACACUAAGCCCUCAAAAUUCCAUCAAAAGUCGACUCAGCCCUAAGAAUCCAAUCCAUGGACGGUUAAGUCGACAAAAUUCCAUUGGGAGCUACGUAUCAAGCAGAAACAAUUCAUUCAAACUAAGUCGUCAAAAUUCCAUAAAUAGUCAUAGGACACUCUCGCCACAGACAUCUUUAGGUAGUAACACAGGUAAAGAUGAGUACAAGCCAAACAACAUAACAGAUAUCUCUCAGAUUAAUAUCAAAGUUCCCUCAGAGGUGGAUGAGAAAGAGAAAGAAGAGGAAGAGGAUGAUGAUCCUGAUGCUGCAGAUGAGACAGACUGUGUUUUCUCGUGGUGCCCCGAGCCAAAAGGCUGUUUUAAAACUCGGGCUGAAUACUCAUUGUAUCUCAUGUCUGAUGAGAAUUCGCUGAGGAAAAUAUGUCAUAAGCUGAUAGUGAAGAAAUGGUUUGACUACACAGUGCUAUUUUUCAUUGCUUUAAAUUGCAUAACUCUGGCCAUGGAGAGGCCAGAUAUCCCACCAGACAGUAUGGAAAGAGCGUUCCUUACGUAUUCCAACUACAUCUUUACAGUUAUAUUUACUUUUGAAAUGACGGUUAAGGUGAUUGCGAAAGGAUUCAUCAUCGGAAAACAUGCAUAUUUAAAGAGUGGCUGGAACAUCAUGGACGGCUUCCUUGUCAUUAUUUCAUUGGUUGAUCUCCUAAUACAACUUAUCGCAGGAACCAGUAGUCGAAUAUUUGGAAUCUUGCGUGUCUUCAGAUUGCUCAGAACUCUCAGGCCUUUAAGGGUAAUUAGUCGGGCUCCAGGGCUUAAGCUAGUGGUACAAACAUUGCUGUCGUCAUUACGUCCCAUCGGCAACAUCGUGCUCAUCUGCUGUACCUUCUUUGUUAUAUUUGGCAUCCUUGGAGUUCAGCUGUUUAAAGGGACAUUCUAUUACUGUAAAGGACCCGAUACCAAGCAUGUUCAAAACAAGACCCAGUGUCUGGAGGACUUGAGGAAUGUCUGGGUUAACCACAAGUACAAUUUUGACAACUUGGGACAGGCUCUGAUGGCCCUAUUUGUCCUAGCCUCUAAGGAUGGCUGGGUACAGCUUAUGUACACAGGACUUGAUGCAGUUGGGGUGGACCAGCAGCCUCAGGAAAACUACAAUGAAUGGCGGUUGUUGUACUUCAUCUCUUUCCUGCUGUUGGUCGGUUUCUUUGUGCUCAACAUGUUCGUGGGUGUGGUCGUCGAGAAUUUCCACAAGUGCAGGGAAGAUCAAGAACAGGAAGAGAAGGCAAUGAGGGCUGCAAAGCGUGCCAAAAAAUUGGAGAAAAAACGAAAGAGUACGGAACUGUUAGAGGAUGGUUCUAACCACAUACAAGAAGUUCAGUAUCUCCUCUCAAAGCGAAUGAGGGAACCGCCAUAUUGGGCAAACUAUGGAAAAUAUAGAUUGUUCAUUCACAAAAUUGUAACGAGCAAAUACUUUGAUCUUGCGAUAGCGGGAGUUAUAGGAUUAAAUGUCAUCACUAUGGCGAUGGAAUUUUACAUGAUGCCUUUUUCCUUGGUUUACGCUCUGAAAAUCUUCAACUACUUCUUCACAGCUGUUUUCAUCCUCGAGGCAGGUGUGAAAGUGAUCGCCUUGGGGGUAUUACAGUAUUUUAAAGACAGGUGGAACCAGCUAGAUAUGGGGAUAGUUAUUCUGUCCCUAGUGGGUAUUGUCCUGGAGGAGAUGGACACGGAUGUCAUCCCAAUCAACCCCACUAUCAUACGUGUGAUGAGAGUCCUCAGGAUUGCUCGUGUGCUAAAACUGCUGAAGAUGGCGAAGGGCAUCCGUGCACUAUUUGACACUGUUAUUCAGGGCUUGCCACAGAUGGGAAAUCUCGGACUACUUUUUCUGCUGCUAUUCUUCAUAUUUGCAGCUUUGGGCGUUGAGUUAUUCGGUCGUUUAGAGUGUUCUGAACAACAUCCUUGCGAAGGCCUUGGUGUGCAUGCUCACUUCCAGAACUUUGGGAUGGCUUUCUUGACGCUAUUCCGAGUGGCAACUGGAGACAACUGGAAUGGAAUUAUGAAGGAUACACUGCGUGAAGAUUGCGACAACUCUGAGAAUUGUCAGAGGAAUUGCUGUGUCAGUGCCAUCAUCGCCCCUGUUUUCUUUGUGGUGUUCGUCCUCAUGGCACAGUUUGUUCUCGUUAAUGUCGUUGUUGCUGUUCUCAUGAAACAUCUUGAGGAGUCUAACAAAGCGAUGGAUGAUGAUGAAAAUAUGGAUCAAGAAAUCCGUGAUAUGGAAGCUGAAAAAGAGAAUGACGAUGCUGAUAGUUUAAAGAAAAAAGAUGAAAACGAGGGGGAGGAUGGAGAGAAAAUGGAUGAGCGAGCAGUAAUGGUGAAGAAUGCCAACCUGCUAGACCCUAAUGAGAGAAAGCGGUCACUUUGUAAGCAAACUUCACUCCCUCAUGACUUUACAUUUGAAGUCAGGCCACCAAGUGAAAUGAAUAUAGAUGAAGAAAACCCUGAUCAAGAUAUGUCGCCAGCAGAGAUUGAGAUAUCCAUAUCUGGUCCGUCUUGCAACAGUUUUGAAAGUGUCUGCAAUGCACCGAUGCCUGAUCUCCCAAAGGUCAAAGUUAUAACUGAUGACAUGACUGAAUCCUUACAACCUCAAUGUGGUUCAGUCCAGGAUAUCCCCUUGACAACGCAAGAUGGUGUUGACACUGACUCUUCAGGGAUGGAGGGAAAAUAUUCACCCCAGCAGAUGUUAUUUCCCCACUGUGGCAGCAUGCCUGAUGUUAUGAGCAACAACUACGGGGAACAUUACUGGCCUCCUAUUGGUCAGGAAAAACGCUACCGAUCUCAACCAACUCUCUAUGAUAGCAACUUUAGACUUCAGCAAAUCGCUGAUGACUUACAAAAGUAUGCUCCUGGUUAUAGAGAGCCAUAUGACUUAAGGGAGGAUGCUCAUAAAUCGCAGCCUCUCAAUGACAUAGAUAUCGACAAAGGCGAUAUACCUUGUAAGAAUUUAAUUGGUCGAAAUUCACCAAACAUUCACAUAUCGGAAGAUACAGAGCUUAGCAGCCCUACUGACAAUAUACCUUCAAGUGAGGUCCAAUCAAAUGACUGGUUAGACGAUGAUGAAUUUGAUGAGGAGAUUCUCAAAAUAACCGGACAUUCGUUGGACUCUGAGGAUGGUCCAACUUUAGAUGAUGCAGCUCUAACGAGGGAACCCUCUCCAGAGGAUAACAAUGCACAGUUAAAUGGUGACGAAGAAUCUCCACCCUCAUCAAGGAGCUGUUUACUUGCUCCUGACUCUAUAGACUCUGAUGGAGCACCUCAUUGCUCAGUAAACCCAGAGAAAAGACCCAGUAAUAUUUGUCCUAGGAAUUCAAGUCCUGUUUCUGGAAGGAUUAAUAUGCAUGGUUAUAAAAUUGAGGAUGAUAUAACACCCUCACCAGACAUUGAUGCUCUGAAAGUUGGCGGACCUACAUAUCAGAAAAAAGAACCUGUCAUUAGCGGAGAUCAGUUUGAUUGUAUAGCUAAUGGAGAUGUUGAAUCAGCUCAUGGGGAUCUAGAAACUUAUGUAAAGGUGGAAGCAGUAUGACAAAGGUUCUUGCUAGUCAUUUUAAGUACAUUCUAAGUUCUGCUUUCCUUAAAAAAGGUUCAUAGAUUAUAAUCAUAUAAAAGUCUGCUUCGUGUUAUUUCUUAAGACUUUGUGAGGGAUUAAAAUCAUUUUAACCAUCUCAGAUCCAAGUUCAAAGUUGGACAUCUACUCCUUAGAAAACUAGUUAAGGAACUCAAGGAGGAUUGGUUUUAUGGUAUUUUAUACAAAAUUGUUGAUUCAUGAUUGGUCAAAAGUGACACCAGUUUUUACUGAUUAUGUUUUCCUCUUCAUGGACAGCAUUGUUGGAAUCAGAAAAAUUAAAAUUUUAACAUGCCAUUAUCUAUAGUUUUUCUUUUCUGUUGACUUUUAUGGCCUUAUAUCAAUGAUUAAGUAUAAUGCAUUAGAAUAGCAGUUAAAAGCUGAAAUUAUUGUAUAGAAAAGUUUAGCCUGACAAAUUACGAGGGAAUCAUGGGAAUUAAAACCUCCUUUGAAUCAACUAGUUUGGAAUUAAAAAAUAAAAUAAUUAAUCUAUUGAAUUAAUCUAUUGAAUCUGUAGAGUAUGCAACUGGAGCUAGAUUUGACACUGCAUUCUGUAGCAGAGACAUAAAUAAGUAUAUCUUAAUAUGUCUCUGUGUAAACAUCGCUUGCAGCAUUGGCUUGGGUAUUAACUCAAAUGUCACAUAUGGACAUAAUAUGAAUUGCAGUAAAACAAUAUAAGGUUAUCCUACAAAUAAGUUAUUGUAUAUUGUGUGAAUAAACUGUGAAAUAUUGUAUAUGUAUGUAUGUAAAUUGCACAUUAUACAUUUGAAAUAAUUAUUUGUAUAUAUAGGAAAAUGCAAAUUCGAUAAGUGUGUAUGGAUGUUUGAAUGAAUGAGACCAUAUACAUGUAUAUAUUGUGAAUAAAUAUGUAUAUGUGUAACUAUAUCGGCCAUGACUAUGAUGGUUGGGUUGCUAUAGCAACUACCAUAAACAUAACUGAAAAUUAUGUUCAAUUAUUCAUUUUGUCACAAAAACACAGAUUGGCGCUGUUAGUAGAAUGAAUUGAAAUGCUCAAAAUUGAGCAAAACUCCAUUCAGUGCACAAAUGAAAUGAUACAAAAAAUGAAAUUUGUUAAAAAAUGACAAAGGAAAAUGUAAGUACUGUACUACUGAAUAUGAUGACCUUGAAACGAAAGGACAUCAUUUGAGGUUGCAGAUCUAGCGUAGAAUCAAAUUACACUUCUGGAAUUUUCUGUAAUGAUCACAUUCAACAAAAAAAAUCACACAUGUAAAUUACAUAAUGCAGUACAUGUAAUAUGUGUAAUACUCACUAGAAAUAUCUGGAAACUUGCAAUAUUAAAUGUAUAACCUCUACUACAGGGUGUCCCAAUGAACUGGAGUUUAUGUUGAAAAUCUUUAAUUUAUUGCAAUUAUUUUUCUACUGCACCUGUAUAGUUCACCAUCUUCUGUAAAAACUCACAAUUCACCAUGAGGUAAAAUUAUUUAUGAAUUUUAUCAUUCUGAGAAAGUCUAUAAACUAUCCUUUUAUAUUAUACCAAGUAUAAGGUACAUAACCUUUGAUGUAGCCACAAUGUGUUAUAUUGGAUGUACAUGGUAAGAGGGUUCAGUAUGUUUGAUAUUAUGAAGGCACUGUACAUUUGAUGUACUUUAUGAAGGUACAGAAUGUUUUGAUGUACAUUUAUAAAGGUGUGGUAUGUUUGAUGUACAUUCGUGAAGGUACAUUAUAUUUGAUGUACAUUCAUGAAUGCACAUUAUGUUUGAUGUACAAUUUUGAAGGCAAAGUGCGUUUAUUGUACAUUUCUGAAAGCAUAUUAUGUUUGAGGUACAAGUUAUUCCAAAUGCAUGAAAGGUACAAUACUUUCAAUGUACAUCACCAUAUAUUAACAAAUGCACAAUAGUACACUUAAUGAAAAUGAAUGUAUGUAAAAUACCUAUCAUCAAUACCAUUUUAGAAUAGCUGAGAACCAGUUGGUUCCUUUUGGGUGCUAGAUACAUAACAUGUGAAAUUCAGAAUUUACGACUUUUAGCUUUUAAAUACUUGUUUUAAUGACAAUGUGCGAUUUUUUUAAAACGCAUCAAAAACUAUUUUUAAUAGAACAUUGUAGAUGUCUAUCUAGUGUAGAAAAUUGACAGAAUUUUGAAUUUCACAUGGGAUAAACUAGUUACUGUAUCUAAAUUGUACAAUAUUAGUAUUUGGUGCCCUGUGUGAAAAGGAUCAGUUAGAAGAGGGAACAAAACACCAACAACACAGAAGCUCCUUAUAGCAAUAAAUUAUUACUAAAUCAUGUGGCAUACAAUAAUCUUGGCAUACAAUAGCCUGAUGAUUGUUCUUCACAGAACACACCAUUCUAUCUAAACCUAAUGAUAAAUGAUGAGCCAUAGGCAUACAUGGAUUGUUCGUGGACCAUGAAAGGCAGUGUGAAAUACUCUGCCUAAAUCUCAAUAUAGAUUGUAUGAAGGGAAUGUUUACAUUGAAAUGGUUCAUUGAUUUUUCAUGAAGGUAUUUAGUUUGGAAAGUGGUGUUUGUUACAAAGCAGGUGUUUGCUGUAUUUUAGGGAUAUUCCAGUGACAAACAAUGAUCAGAAUGGUAUAUACCUUGACUUAGGUGAUGCAUCAACCAAUCAUCUGGCUUCUAUUUAUUCACCUCAUGUGAUACUCACACAAUUGUAGAAUGAAUCCAUUAGAAAUGCAGUAGUGCAAAGUAGGACAGAAAUGCUUGCUCAGCAAAAUGCAGUUAUUAAGCAAAAUGCAGUCAUUAAACAAAAAAUCAUUUGAUUUCACCAAAGAGCAGAAGAGAAGGGAUGUUCUGAAGUGUUUCGGGGUUUUAAGGGAUUUUGAUAACAACCCAAGCAUGAAAUCACCGAUCAAGUCAACUCAAAUUUUCUCUAAAAGUUGAAUGAGCUACCUGAUUACAUUUCUAAAAUUCUGAUUAUAAGAAAACAUUUAGAGACCAAGAAAAAGCUUGAUGUCACAGUGGUUGUAGCCAGGAAGAAAAAAGCAAUGAGGCAAAAAAUAUCCAAAAUGGGAGAUAUUUUAACUCCAUCAGAAAUGUGAUCCUAAAGUUAGGUAAAACAACAGUAAAAUUCGAACUUAGUUCGAUGAUGGCAAUCGAAGAACACGAUGGUUACCCUUGUUAUGA